UUAUGGUGGUAACUCACACAAGCACUCCAGUUUUAUUCAACAAAGGCUGAGAAAACAAUGGAGGCUUACAAUCUCACUGUUAAGCCAUGGGGCUCUUGCUUAUUACUUGGCCUAUUUGCUGCGAUCACUUUCCUUUCUUCCUUUGCAAAUGCUGAGACUCACUACCGUGAAUUUGUUAUUCAAGCAAAACCAGUGAGGAGGCUGUGCAGAAUUCACAACAUAAUUACUGUAAAUGGACAAUUCCCAGGGCCAGCCUUGGAAGUGAGAAAUGGAGAUUCCCUUGUGAUCAAAGUAGUGAACAUUGCCCAAUACAACAUUACCCUCCACUGGCAUGGAAUUCGACAGCUUAGAAAUCCAUGGGCAGAUGGUCCUAGUUAUGUGACUCAGUGUCCCAUCCGACCAGGAGGAACUUACACAUACCGUUUCACAAUCAUAAAUCAGGAGGGUACUCUGUGGUGGCAUGCUCAUAGUGAAUGGCUCAGAGCCACUGUUUAUGGAGCUCUCAACAUCCAUCCCAAAUUGGGCUCUCCAUAUCCCUUCUCGACGCCCAAGCAAGAAUACACCCUUCUUCUUGGAGAAUGGUUCGAUAGAAACCCCAUGGAUGUCUUAAAGCAGGCACUUUUCACAGGAGCAGCUCCUAAUGUUUCUGAUGCAUAUACCAUUAAUGGUCAACCCGGUGAUUUGUAUAGAUGCUCCGGCAAAGAAACUGUGAGAAUUCCCAUAGAAUCAGGCGAGACAGUUCUAUUGCGAAUCGUCAACGCUGCACUCAAUCAAGAACUCUUCUUUGCCAUCGCCAACCACCAAAUGACUGUUGUUGGUGUCGAUGCAGCAUACACCAAGCCUUUCACAACCAGGGUAAUCAUGAUAGGACCUGGUCAGACAACCAAUGUCCUCCUCACUGCAGAUCAGCCCCCAGCUCACUACUACAUAGCAGCACGUGCCUAUAACACUGCGAUGAAUGCAGCCUUUGACAACACCACCACCACAGCAAUCCUUGAAUACAAAUCUGCUUCCUGCGGUACCAAAAAGGGGCAAUCUUCAAGACCAAUCCUCCCACAACUACCUGCCUACAAUGAUACAGCGACUGCAACUGCUUUCACAGCUGGGAUUAAGAGCCCUUCUCUGGUCAAAGUUCCCACAGCCAUUGACGAGAACCUAUUUUUCACAGUGGGGUUAGGACUAAACAAUUGUACACGUCCUAACAGCCCCCGUUGUCAAGGACCAAAUGGAACCCGCUUUACUGCCAGCAUAAACAACGUUUCUUUUGUAUUUCCAACAACCAACUCCUUAAUGCAAGCCUAUUACCAAGGUGUACCUGGUAUCUUCACCACAGACUUUCCGCCUGUCCCCCCCAUACAAUUUAAUUAUACAGGCAACGUGAACCGUGGGCUGUGGCAACCUGUUCCAGGAACUAAGCUGUAUAAGUUGAAGUAUGGUUCCAAAGUACAAGUUGUCUUUCAGGAUACCAGUAUUGUCACAACAGAGGACCAUCCAAUUCAUCUUCAUGGAUAUCAAUUCUUCGUUGUUGGAUCAGGUUUUGGUAACUUCAACCCAAGCACAGAUACAGCCAAGUUCAACUUCAUCGACCCACCACAAAGGAAUACCAUUGGAUCAAACCCUGGUGGAUGGGUAGCCAUUCGAUUUGUGGCAGAUAAUCCAGGAAUUUGGCUAUUGCACUGUCACAUAGACUCACAUCUCAGGUGGGGUUUGGCAAUGUCUUUCCUAGUUGAGAAUGGAGUAGGGCAAUCUCAGUCUAUAAUACCUCCCCCAGCCGAUCUGCCCCAAUGCUAAGACCAUUGACAAAGCAUCACCAGUCAUUACAUCUAAUUUCAAAGUUGACGGAGUUUCUGUUUUCUAGUAUUUUUUGUAUACAAGUAUCUGUUCAGUUGAAUUUGAUGCCAUUGGUUUUUUAGUAGUAAGUAAAGCAUUGGUACUGCUCCACUGAGCAGCUGAUUUGUCAAGUUUCUUGAUUGAGUGUCUUAUUUUCAAAAUCAAAGAAUUGGAUUUCCAAUUCAUGAUAAAUAAGAAAUAUCUAUUUUUCA